UUCUUUUCUUUCCUAAACUCACAAACUAGGCAAGCUAUUGGCCAUAUGCAUGUCCUUUUAUUUAUUUAUUUUAAACUUCUUUCCCCUGCAAAUCAUAUCCAAAUCCUUGACAUGCUAAUUCUGUGAAUCGAAUUCGUUAAGGUUGAGGGACGAGGCGAGAAAAAGGAGCUCAAGUAUCUUGAUUUCGUCCAAGUAGGAGCAAUCUACAUGAUCGUUUCCUUCUCAUCACUCUACAACUAUGCGAAAGAAAGCUCCGGGCGUUAAAAUUGUGGAAGCAACUGUCAGAACAGCCAUUGGACCUGUCUACCGCAAGUUCUGCGACAUCUCCUUGGAGCUUCUCCAGUUCGCAGAUCGCAAGGUCGACGAAUCGAUUAACGAGUUAGACCGUCAUGUACCCCCGGUGCUGAAGCAAUUCUCACAUCAGCUGCUCUCGGCGCCUCAGAAGGCCCCUGAGGUGGCUAGAGGGGUGGCCUCCGAGUUGCAGCGGGCCGGCUUGGUGGACGGCUCUAAAAGCAUCGCCCAAACGCUUUAUAACACGUACGAGCCUACAGCCAAGGAAUUUUAUCUCAAGUACGAGCCCCUAGCUGAGCAGUAUGCGGUGUCGGCUUGGCGCUCGCUGAACCAGCUCCCCCUGUUCCCUCAAGUGGCUCAAAUGAUUGUCCCCACGGCUGCUUAUUGGUGCAAGAAAUACAAUGAAACCGUGGCUUACAGGGCGGCGCAGAGGGGUUACGGCUACACGGUGUGGCAGAACCUGCCCGUGGUGCCGAUUGAGAGAAUUGGCAAAGUGUUUCAGAGUGUGCCCACCGUUUCAAGUGAUGCCGAAACCUUUACCGUGUCAACGUCAACCUAAAUCGAUUUGUUGUUGCCUGUUGCCCGUUGCCUGUUGGUGGUUAACGAUUACUUGCUCAUUUAUUUUUUACUACUAUAACUCUCGUAUUGUGGUGUCUGUCUUUCAUUGUGGAAGGGAAGGGUUGUCUCCCACAGUCUUUGAGGAAAUAUCUUUUGCAUAAUUUUAUGCUAAAUGUAUGGGAGUAUCCGUUAAUGUAAUCGUUUGUUUAAUUUCGUUUGCAUAAUCUUGUGCUUGCGGGUAUAAGCCAAAAUCUUCAUCUUAUCAUGUACUGGUAAUUAGUGUUCAUGUUUUCUUGUGCUUUGGAAAGAUAUUAGAGUAUCAUAUUACUG